CAAUAUGGUAUAAUAAAUGUGUUAAGAUGAAAUGUAUGUCCUCGUCAUAACAGAAGAAAUUCAGCAGUAAUUGAUUUUUAAUGUCUUACACCAUUGUGUACAUUUUACCUUUCAAACAUUGGUGGAUAAACAUUCUUAACGUAAAAUGGAAACAACUGCAAGUUGGAUGAAUUUGUAUGAUAAUAUGACAUCGACUCAAAAUGGCGGAUCCUACAAUGUAACAGAAGAUCUAAUGUCGACAGACGUUAGCGAUCCGACUAAAAGAUUAAUUAAAAAGACAUCAGACAUACUUAUGAUUGUUAUUUUAGCCGUCAUAUUGAUGUCACUCGGUUGUACCAUAGAACCAACAAAACUUUUGUAGCAGAUAAAGAAACCAGUUCCUCUCAUUAUCGGAAUGGUAUUACAGUUUAUAGUAUAUCCGUUGAUGGUAUUUGGAAUUGCGCAUGCGUUUCAAUUAAAUAAGUAUGAUUCACUUGGAGUACUUAUCCUAGCAACUUGUCCUGGAGGGAGUAUAUCAAAUUUGGUAACUUUCUAUUCGUCUGGGGAUGUGUGUUUAAGCGUUUGCAUGACAACAGUUGCCACAACAGUUGCAAUAGGCAUGAUGCCAUUAAACUUGUGGGUUUAUUCCCGUAGUUUCAUUACAUCGACGCUUAAUGUGCCAUACGUCAUCAUAGUCAUCUCAUUGGUUACGAUACUUGUUCCUGUAGCUAUCGGAAUAGUUAUCUUGAAGAAGCUUCCAAGGCUCGCGUCAUAUAUCUUAAAGGCUGGUGGAGUACUUGGGAUUCUUUUCAUUGUAAUAGUGAUUGCCAUCAAUCUUUAUCUCUAUCCUGGAUUGUUCCGUUCGGAUUGGAAAAUGAUUCUUCUAGCAAUUAUACUUCCGUGGUUUGGAAUGUCUGUUGGAUAUGCAGGUUCCAGAAUUGCAUGUUUUUCUCCCAAACAAUGCAGAACCAUCGGUAUUGAAGUAUCAUCGCAAAAUGUUGCCCUAUCAACGACUUUAAUUUAUCUAUCCUUUGAAACGGAUGAUGCAACAAAAAUAGUUGUCUUUUCUUUGAUCUUUGGAAUAUUUAGCAUUAUCUCCCUUUUAAUAUUUACUAUUAUCUACAGAAUAUACAUUAACUGUAAAACGAGAAAGAAUAAAUCGUUGCAUGGAAGUGGACCCAAAGAGAUGAAAGAAAACAUUUACAAUAUUUCCAUUACAAUUGCUUCUCAAGAUUGAAUUGAAAAUGUGUUACA